ACACCAUAACUCGUUCAGCGAAUCUCGCGCCAGCUAAGCCGGCGAGAUCGAGAUAUUCCGAGAGUGAUGUUAUGAAGUCAUUUAACAUUCAAUAUGGCGGCCCAGACGUCUACCGCCAAGUUUAGCGAUAUUUACGAAUUAAAAGAAGAGUUAGGAAAAGGUGCAUUCUCUAUUGUGAGAAGAUGUGUGCAAAAGGCCACUGGAUUAGAAUUUGCUGCAAAAAUUAUUAACACUAAGAAAUUGUCGGCCAGAGCAUCGAACAAUAAUGACCAUCAAAAAUUGGAACGGGAGGCACGGAUAUGCAGGCUCUUGAAGCAUCCUAAUAUAGUUCGGUUGCACGAUAGUAUACAAGAUGAAGGAUUUCAUUAUCUUGUCUUUGAUUUAGUGACCGGUGGUGAACUGUUUGAAGAUAUAGUGGCCAGAGAAUUUUAUAGCGAAGCAGACGCCAGCCGCUGCAUUCAACAGGUGCUCGAAGGCAUAAAUAGUUGCCACCAGCAUAACAUCAUCCACAGGGAUAUGAAGCCGGAGAACCUCCUUUUAGCAAGCAAAGCCAAGGGCGCGGCAGUGAAGUUAGCAGAUUUUGGAUUAGCUAUCGAAGUACAGGGAGAGCAGCAAGCAUGGUUUGGUUUUGCUGGUACACCUGGAUAUCUUUCACCCGAGGUGCUACGGAAAGAUCCCUAUGGGAAACCUGUAGACAUCUGGGCUUGUGGGGUUGUGUUGUACAUUCUGCUGGUUGGUUAUCCCCCCUUUUGGGAUGAAGACCAACAUAGAUUGUAUGCACAGAUCAAAGCAGGGGCAUAUGAUUACCCGUCUCCGGAAUGGGACACAGUAACUCCCGAGGCCAAAAACCUGAUCAACAGUAUGUUGACUGUCAACCCUGCCAAGAGAAUCAAUGCUUCAGAGGCUCUCAAACACCCCUGGAUAUGUCAGAGAGAGCGUGUUGCGUCUGUUGUUCACAGGCAGGAAACAGUAGAUUGCUUGAAGAAGUUCAAUGCAAGAAGAAAACUCAAGGGAGCAAUAUUGACAACAAUGCUUGCUACAAGAAAUUUCUCAAGAUUCUCAAAUAGUAAUGGAUCCAGCCUCAACAAAAUAGGUAGCCCCGCCACUUCGCCGGCUGGGAAUGGGUCAGCCAUGGCGACCGUGUUAGCAGGUCGCAGUUUGAAUGUGAAGAAGAAUGAUGCUAUUAAAGAGAGUACAGAAAGUAACACAAUCGAAGAUGAAGAUUCAAAAGUUGUGUCAGUCAAAUGUGACCUAGAAAGGGUGUAUCAAGUAUCUGUUAAUAUGUUAUCCACAAGUCAAGAACAUCCGGGCCGUAAACAGGAAAUAAUAAAACUGACAGAGCAACUUCUGCAGGCAAUUACAAGCGGAGAUUACGGAGAGUAUACGAAGCUAGUGGAUCCUCAUUUAACCUCCUUUGAACCUGAAGCCUUAGGGAAUCUAAUUGUUGGUUUGGACUUCCAUAAGUUUUACUUUGAUCAUGCCAAUGCUGUAGAAACUAUCUCUCUUGACCCAGCCAUGUCAGGGGAUGGGUCGGAGGGUCCCCCUCGUGUGCUGUCUAAAAAUAGCAAGCCAGUGAACACAAGUAUACUCAACCCACAUGUUCAUUUGCUAGGUGAAGACGCUGCCUGCAUCGCGUAUGUCAGGUUGACUCAAUUCAUUGACAGAAAUGGGCUACCUGUUACCAAGCACUCAGAAGAGACUAGAAUUUGGCAGCGAAAAGACGGCAAGUGGCAAAACGUGCAUUUCCACCGGUCAGGCUCACCAACAACAGAGACAGGGAAAUAACUCUGAUGACGUAGAAAGAAAGCUUAAUGAUUAUAUUUUUCUUUAGAUAUUCAAUUAACUGUAUGCUCACUGCAGAAGCUCAUUAUUAGAACAGCUGAUGUCUAAUAAAAUUGUUUGGUGGCUCCAGUGGCGUAUCGCACCUUCAGGUGUCUGCCAAUUGUUAAUUGCAUAUAAUAAAUGCAUUUUUCAAAUUUUAAAUAAACAAAAAUAUAACAAGAGUGAUGAACUGUGCAUUUCCUAACAGCAUGCAGGUGCCCAUUAGUUCGUGGGGUACAGUGGAAGCAAGCUGUAUGAUUUUACAGUGUGUGGAGCUAUUUUUUUAUUCCAUAACUGCCUUCAUCAGUUUUUCCCCCAACUUUGAUUUCUUUAAUUUUUUUUUUUUUAAUUCUCGCUUGUUUUUGACUGCACACUGAACAACUUCUAUGUUGGCAUGAAUGUAACCUCUGGAAUGCACUCUUCAGUUGUGUUUUUUUUUUCUUUUAUGAAUAUUAUUGCAAGAAAUCUGCUGUGAAUUGCAUCUUGCUACUACCGCUCAUUUGUAAAGUUGAAUCUUUUUGUUUAAAUCACCACUUUUAUUUCCUCUUUAUGUGAAAGGGAAAAAUUAACAACAUAAUUUACACUUUUUCAAGAGCUGUGUUAUACAUUUUUUUGUGUGUCAAAACUUUGCAGAGUGUUUUAUGAGAUGAUGAAGUGUGUACAUUUCUGUAUGUACAUCUCAGUGUGCAAGUUUUGUUACUUUGGUGUGUAAUAUGCAUAUUCUCAAUCCACCAAGUGGAACAUGAUCCACCAAGUGGAUCUUGACAGCUUAGUUUCUUCGUGAACUGGUGUGAUUUUGUAUCUUGUCAACUUGAUCGGUUUUCUUUUAAAAAUUAAUAUAAAUUAAUUGGAGAAAUUGUGUUUAUUCUAAACUGUUGUAGCAAUGUUUAGUUGAUAUUUUAAAUUUUAAAAAAUUUGCUCUUUCACAUUAUGAUCUAAAAAUAAAAGUAUAUAAAAUUUGUUGUUUUACUAAAAUAUUUUUAAAAUGUCGGUAUUUUAGCUAGGUUAUGCUACAGAGAUAAACAUUUUUCAAAUUUCAUUUUUAAUAGCCACUGAUCAAGAAGUUGUUACUGGAAAUGAUCAAAAUUAUUUUUUCAUCAUACUCGUACAUUUUUCUUGCAAUAUUUUAUUACAAUGUCAUCUGUACCCUAAUAUCUUUAUUUAAAUUUAUUUAGAUUAGUUAAUGGUCAUGUUGCGUCGUUAUCACAUUGGCUAUGUAACAGGCCCUCGUGUACUGGAGGGUCCACUGCUAGACUCUAGAACUUUGGUUCACUCUAACCAUGUCCAGCUUUAGCUGUUUCAUGCAAAUUAAGUUUUCUUAAUAAAGUAUUUAAUAAAAGAAACUGUCUUUUUAUUAUUAUUAUUAAUAUUAUUCAUAUAUUAUUUUUCCACAUUCCUAUUUAGCAAGGUGAUAGAUUUUCAAAAAAACUAUUAUUAUGAGUUAAAACUGGCUAUAUGUUCAGACAUGAGGAAUUCUACAAUACAGAGGGAUGAUGGUUGAACCAUUAACAAAGUAAAAGUACAUAGCUUUAAAAAAAAUCAUCUUUAAAAACAUCAUCUUUAACCUCUUAUUAUCUCAUAGAAAUAUAAUAUUUGUUAUUUAUUUUAAAAAUAUAAGUAUCUUUUAACAACAGUGAAACCUGUCUACCAUUUAAACCUUGAUAACAGAGUGAAUAGAUUAGAAUAAUUAAACACAAACUAUCACAUACUUAAAUAUUUUUUUUCUUAAGAAAGUUGUGUUAAGAAACUGUGUCUGAAAUUCUAUGAGUCUAAAAUAAACAGUAGACCCAUAGAAUAAAUCUUUUUUUUUCAGCACAUUCAGAAAGUGCAUAAAAUUAGUUUCCUAUCAUGUGAUAUUUGAUGCAUGAUGUAUAUAGCUGUGAUAGAACAAGCAUAAUUUUUAAGUCUGUUGCAACAUUUUUAGACCUUGUAGGAAAAGCAUCUGUUUGAAACUAAAGGAUUUACCCAUGUAUGUGCUAUCUAAAUUUGAUUUCUGUGACAAACAUUUAACUAUGUGAGGGAUAUUAAUUAAGUCUUAACAAUCCAUGUACAUAUAUUCAAUGGUUGUAUAUGAAGAUUUUGUGAAAUAUCUUUAUUUUCUUUUUCAACUCAAUAUUUGUCACCAAUACCAUCACACUGUGCACUAUAUGUAUUUCUUCAACUUUAAUUAUCUUUCAACUGUGACAUCAUUCUAAGCCCAGCUUUUUAAUCAAUUUAUUUUGCUUGUAGAACCCUUUUUUUAAUUUGAGUGGAGAAAUAUUUAACAUUAUAUAUUUAUUAUUGAUACUAUUGUAUACCUGUAGACUUCUUUAUAUCUUAUCUUGGAUAAAAAAGAUAAAGCUAUAUUAUAAUAUUCAUAUAUAUACAUAUAUUUAUAUAUAUUCUGCACUUCUAUUUAUUAUAGACUGAAAAGGUUUUUUGUUUAUAACUUAAAAGUUAAAGCAAGUUAUUUUUGAAAAUUUCAGUACCACCGUUUUAACCCAACAUUUUAUUAUAUGCCUAUUUAUAGUGUUAAUGUCGCAUCCCCCGUCUUUUCACUUUACCUGUCUUUGUUGUCCUUCUGCCUUUUCACUCUUCAUUUUUGAAGUUUUCAUUCAAAAAAGAAGAACUGUGUUGAAAUUUUAAAAAUAAAUGUAGUUCUUUUCCCUUUUGUACUAAUUGUUGGUAGAACUUAAAAUUUUUUUAUUUUGCUAAUUAUAGGAAUGUUAUUUACUCAAUUUGAAUACAUGGUUUUACUAUUUUAAAAAAUUAAUUUAUUAAAUAUGUUAGUAAAUUAAUUCUAAAUUUCCACAACAAUUAUGAUUUUCAUCAAUAAUUUAAUACUGAAUAUGACAUUGUAUUUGUAGGCUGUUUAAAUUUACAGGUAGUUAACUUAUUUUUAUAAUUCUAUCAUCGACUGCAUGCAGAUUCUAAUUUGUGAUUUUUCAAAACUUUCUUCCAGAAAUAUGUUGCACUACAUGAAAAUUUGUAAAGUAUGUUUCAUUCAUUUUAUUACAGUAUUUUCACUUUUAUCUGAUAUAAAAAAACUUAUUUUAAAAAAUUAUUAUUUCCCCUUGGAAAUAAAAAAGCAUUUAUUAAUACUGAUUCGGUAUCACUUGAUUAACAUUAGUCCUUUCUGUAGCCAAAUGAAUUUAAACUUUUUGUCAACUUCACAAAAGAAAAUCAUCACUAUUUUCUUAGCUUGUAGUUGAAUCAAAAGCAGAUUAAAAAUUGCAAAUAUUGAAAAUGAUUUAUUUAGGAUGACCGAAACAUUAAAAAUUUAUUCUCUAGUCACUAGAAGAGUUUACUGCAUGUUAUCAAUAAAAUAUCGAAUUUCUAAUUAGAAUUCCCUCUAGAAGCAAAAAAGAGUUUUGAAAUCUAGAAAUUUAUUGCCACUAUAAAUUAUAAUUAGGGUUAAUGUUUAAUUGGUAGUUAAGCAUCUUCUAAUUAAUACAUCAUAUUUGGGUUGAAAGAAAAUUCUUUGAAUUUUUUCCAUGCAACUGAAAUACUUGAAUCUUUUUAUAGAUUAUCUUUUUUUAAAACUUCAUCAAUGUAUUGUGAUGUGUGUCUAGUGAAUUAUUGAUUUUUUUUUGUUUGUCUAAUCAUUGAUUCUGCAGUGCUCAAGGGUGUUGUGUAUUCUUUUUAUAAAUUUUCAUUGCUUCUUCCAUCUAAUUCCUGCACAUACCUUGUAUAGUAUAAUUUGACCUCGUUGGUUCUUUUGGGGUAUUUUUCUGUUUCGUUAACUCUUUUUUAAUGUAAGCAUUGGGAAUUGUAUAGUUGUUGUGUCUUACAAAGUAUGAAUUGUUCUUAGCACAAAAAUAUAUUUAUCAAUUCAUUUUAGAACUAAGACAGACAUAAAAGAAAAGAAAAUGUUUUUAAAAGUGCUAGUUAUUUAGCUUUCACAUUCAUAUUUAAAAUAAAUAUUACUUGAACAUUUUAUUGUUUUGUUAGUAAAAGUUUCUUUUUAUAAGCAUAUUUGGUGUAAAAUGCAUAAUACUUUCAAGAAAAUAAAUUUUAAUGUCUUUUUCUUCUACCAGUGUUUUUUCUUAAAACCUUUUCUGCAACGAGUAACAAUAUAUGUAUAAGAAUACUAUUUUAAUAUAAAUGCAUAAACCUAAUUAUGACUAUUUACCACAUUUUGAAAAUAUCAGAUCUCUUUAUCUCUCUCCCCAACUCACCUGUUUGUCAUGUGCCUGUAUGAUGAAUUUUUAUAGUCUCUUUCAUUUGUUAGAAACUUUUUUUUUCACUACUGUCUGGCUAUUCCAAAGCCAGACAAUUAAAUUAAUUAAUUAGCGCUUUACAUAUAGUGUUCCUUAUCUCAAAAUAAAUCAUUUUAAACUGA